AUGGAUUCGAUGAACUUCGAGGUCUCAUGGAAUGGUGGCACUCAGCAGGUAGCUGUGGUCGCAUCUACAUCUGCAGCUGAAGAAGCGACGCGCUCCCUCUGCGCCUCCGGGCCAUGUUUCGUGGGCUUCGACACGGAGUGGGGCUCUAAGGGUGAGGUGGCCCUGGUGCAGUUGGCCACCGAAACCUCUUGCGUCCUUUGCUUGCUGCCGGAGGUUCGGCUUCAGGACUGCCCUUCACUUGUGGCACUCUUCCAGGAUCCACGCUUCUUGAAGGUCGGUGUGGCAGUGGGCUUGGAUGCGGAGUUGCUGAAGGAGCAGUUCCAAAUCGAACUGAGGGGCUGCCUCGACUUGGCGAGGUUGGCUGCGCGCGAGGGCGAGGUGAGGCAGACUCAACCCAUUGGGCUGGCCGCUUUGACACAGCAGCUCGUGGGAGCGGAGCUUUCGAAAGAUGUUGCCAUCCGCCGAUCGAAUUGGGCAGACCGGCCGCUUUCGCACGAUCAGCUUGCUUAUGCUGCCCGGGAUGCGCUGGCUGGCCGCGAUUGUGCGAGCGCUCUGGCUCAGAAGCAUAAGCCGUCCGAAGCGAGCCUCCUUGACUGGUGCCAAGACUUGCUGGACAAAGGAAGGGACGCGAAGCCCGCAAAAGUGAAGAAGUCCGCCUGCGAGGAUCCACCUGCUGCGGGAUCUGACUCCGGCCGGCUCAAAGCAACGUUGGACUGCGGAGCCUACUCCUGCGUAACGAAGUUCGGAAUGCGAACCAUUCUUGGAAGUGACGGCCAGCCACUCAUGCACAUGAAAGACCGGACUGUCGAAGGGCUGGUCAGGCGCGGAAUGGCCUCUGUCUGCAGAGAGGGAGACGCAGAAAUCAUCCGGCUCAACUUCACGCCGACGGAUCAUUACGACUAUGCUGGCCUGGACGCUGCCGAACGGAAUGCCUGUGUUGGCUGCGGCUCCUAUGGAGUGGCUCGCUACUACAUCGUUCCGAAGGUGUUCUUCUCCCACUUGCCAGAGACCUGCAAGUCUUACAAUUGCCAUGACGUCGUGAUGCUCUGCCCACGCUGCCGAGCCAUCGCCGAGCCUGCACAGAUGUCACUCACACAAGAACUCCUGGCAUCGCAUGGGGCGCUUCGCGCAGGAUCGCUCUAUGCCAAUGAGAACGCCCUGACGCAAUCACAGAUCGCCGCGAAGAAGGCAGCCAUCACCUUGCGGAAGUCCAAAGGGGAGAAGCCCCUCGUGCCCGCCAAAUCUCAGGCCUUGCGCGAGGCCAUAGCUGCGGGAUUGGGUAUGGAGGCCGCGGACGUCGGAGAGGUGGCCAUGGCCUUGGCAGAAAGCUUGGGUGGCGGCUGCUUGCCUAGUGAGCGGGUCGUGGCCGAGGCGACCACGAGCCCAGAGUCUCUGCGCGCCUUUCUACGGAGAUGGCGGGAGACUUUUGUGCAGACCCUGCAGCCGAAGUUCCUGUCCGAUGGCUGGAGCUUGGACACAGGCCUGGAUGGUCGCUUCAUUCCUUCGGUGGCCUCCUCAUUAGAGUGGCCGGGGGACUGGCGCUGUGCAUCCUGUGGCCGCCACUGCUUCGGGCGAAGUGACCGGUGCAAAUGUUGCAAGACGCCGCGGCCCAGCAGCGCCGCGCUAGCCUCUGGGUCUAAAGCCCACCAGCCGCAGGCGUCAUCGAUCGGGUGCCAAAAUUCCUGA